AUGCUCAAGGACUCUUUCUUCUUCACCCCUGAAGUUGAUCACUCCAUGAACAUCAUCAACGAGACCAACAGAGAAGAACACUCAAGGAUGAGAAGAAUAUUGAGUUUUGCAUUCAGCUCUUCCAAUCUUUUGGUGAACGAGGAUGUGCUUGUGAGGAGGACGGAUGAUUUCGUGAAGACUGUUGGGGCUUUGCAGAGUCAAAACAGGAACAGAGGGUUCAAUAUUGUGCAGCAAUCCAACGACGUCACAUUCGAAAUCAUGGGUGCGGAAAGUCCUGAACACCUGAACAUGGCGUCAUGA